UCCCAACGGAUUUCAUUGGGGAUUUCCUAACAGAAAUAUGCAGAAUAAAAAGUAUCACGCUGUCCCGAAACGGCUUAUUAUUUGGACUAGUUAACCCGCAGCGUGCAUUGUGUAUUGUGCUUCAGUCUUUGAAAUAUACUCGUAGAUAGCACACUUGUGUUGUUUAGUUUAUAUCCCUACAUUUGUAGAGACUCACAAAAAAGUAUUAUAACCAAAUAAUACAACAGUUGAGUUACAAAAAUGUAGCGUAAAAUUUGUUCGUGAAGGAAGAAUUCAGACACUGUAUAUCCUUUGUACUUAAUUUUGUGUCAAUUAUAAUUUCUAAAUUUAAGUUGGAUAUAUUUAAAAUAAUUUCGAUGUGGGUUUAAAUAUAUUCAAGAUGCUUGACGGGAACAAAAUUUCAUCAAGCCAGUGUGAAAUUUCGCAAAAUGAAAAGAGGGAAAGGUAUCAGUUUGCUUCGACAUUCAGCUCCUAUCUUACUCAGCUGGGGAAUUCGCUUGGAAUGUCAGACAUUUGGAGGUUUCCAUUUCUGACAUAUAGAAAUGGCGGAGGUGCUUUUCUCAUUCCGUUCGUGACCAUGAUUGUUGUGUGUGGAAUUCCAAUAUAUUUCCUCGAGUUUUCAAUUGGAACAUUUUCCGGGCGUGGUCCGUACCAGGUUUGGGAUAUCAGUCCAUUAUUUAGAGGUGUUGGUAUAACAAUAAGCCUGGGCUAUGGUAUCUACAUGGUGGGUGCAACUAUAUUCCGUUGUUGGAUUCUGCAGUUUAUAGUUUAUGCUUUCCAAGAUCCAAUACCAUGGAGUCAUUGUGGCAACGACUGGAAUACACGUGCCUGCGAAGGCAAAAACAAUACAGGUACGGAAUUACCAGCUUAUUGGAACAUCACACACGAAAAUGGGACGUUAGAAGCAAACACAUCAGCUCCAACAAAAAUGUUGUAUAUGAGUGCAGGAGAAGAAUUUUGGCAGUACAAGGUUCUACAACUGUCUACAGGGAUAUGGGAUUUGUCACCUGUCAUUUGGCGUUACUUUCUAUUCUUGUUCAUUCUGAGGACUGCAGUCUGUCUAUGCACAAUAAAAAGCAUCAAGUCUAUUGAGAAGGUGACUUACAGUAUUAUGUAUCAAUAA